ACAAUUGUUUUGUUUUACAGCUGAACGAGCUUUAGAUACCAUGAAUUUUGACGUCAUUAAAGGCAAGCCAGUGCGUAUCAUGUGGUCUCAACGUGAUCCAUCUCUACGAAAAAGUGGUGUUGGCAACAUUUUCAUUAAAAACUUGGAUAAAUCUAUUGAUAAUAAAGCUCUGUAUGAUACAUUUUCAGCUUUUGGAAACAUCCUCUCUUGUAAGGUCGUAUGUGAUGAGAAUGGAUCCAAAGGCUAUGGGUUUGUACAUUUUGAAACACAAGAAGCUGCAGAAAGAGCUAUUGAAAAAAUGAAUGGAAUGCUGCUUAACGAUCGUAAAGUAUUUGUUGGAAGGUUUAAAUCACGCAAAGAACGGGAAGCAGAGCUUGGAGCUCGUGCUAAGGAAUUCACUAAUGUUUACAUCAAGAAUUUUGGAGAAGACAUGGAUGAUGAGAGACUGAAAGAACUCUUUGGCAAGUUUGGACCUGCCUUGAGUGUGAAAGUUAUGACUGAUGAAAGUGGAAAAUCCAAAGGCUUUGGCUUUGUCAGUUUUGAAAGACAUGAGGAUGCCCAAAAAGCUGUAGAUGAGAUGAAUGGAAAAGAACUCAAUGGAAAGCAAAUAUAUGUUGGUCGAGCUCAGAAAAAAGUCGAGAGACAAACAGAGCUUAAACGCAAAUUUGAACAAAUGAAGCAGGAUAGGAUUACAAGAUACCAGGGUGUAAAUCUUUAUGUGAAAAAUUUAGAUGAUGGAAUUGAUGAUGAACGCUUACGCAAAGAAUUUUCACCAUUUGGCACAAUUACUAGCGCAAAGGUCAUGAUGGAAGGGGGCCGCAGUAAAGGGUUUGGGUUUGUGUGCUUUUCUUCACCAGAAGAAGCAACCAAAGCAGUUACAGAAAUGAAUGGUAGAAUUGUGGCCACCAAACCACUAUAUGUAGCUUUAGCUCAACGUAAAGAGGAACGCCAAGCUCACCUCACCAACCAAUACAUGCAGAGAAUGGCAAGUGUGAGAGCAGUGCCCAAUCCUGUCAUCAACCCUUACCAGCCAGCACCUCCAUCAGGUUAUUUCAUGGCAGCUAUCCCACAGACACAAAACCGUGCAGCCUACUAUCCUACUAGCCAGAUUACUCAACUUAGACCAAGUCCUCGCUGGGCUGCUCAGGGUGCCAGACCUCAUCCAGCUUUCCAGAAUAUGCCAGGUGCCAUCCGCCCUACAGCUCCCAGACCACCAUUUAGUACCAUGAGGCCAGCUUCAUCACAAGUUACACGAGUAAUGUCAACACAGCGUGUUGCAAACACAUCAACACAGACCAUGGGUCCGCGUCCAGCAGCUGCUGCUGCUGCAGCCACUCCAGCUGUGCGCACUGUUCCACAGUAUAAGUAUGCUGCAGGUGUUCGCAAUCCUCAGCAGCAUCUUAACACACAGCCUCAGGUUGCUAUGCAGCAGCCUGCUGUCCAUGUGCAAGGUCAGGAACCUUUGACUGCUUCCAUGUUGGCUUCUGCCCCUCCACAAGAACAAAAGCAGAUGUUGGGAGAACGUCUGUUCCCUCUUAUCCAAGCCAUGCACCCUACUUUGGCGGGUAAAAUAACUGGUAUGUUGCUAGAGAUUGAUAACUCUGAACUUCUCCAUAUGCUUGAGUCUCCCGAAUCUCUUCGUUCGAAGGUUGAUGAAGCUGUAGCCGUACUGCAGGCCCAUCAAGCUAAAGAAGCUGCUCAAAAAGCAGUUAACAAUCCAGCAGGAGUUCCAAGCGUCUAAUAAGACCCAGGACUACGUAUUAUAAUAUCGCUUCACCGAAGAAAAAAAUCUAAACAUGGAAAAACUACUAAAUAUUGAGAAAAACAUUGCAAAAUAUAAAAUAAAUAAAAAAAAGAAAGGAAACUUUGAAGCUUAUGUACACAACAAAUGCCAGGACUAGCAAAACUGCUAGUCCUAGAUUACCUAUUGAUUUAAAAUACAAAAAAAAAUAGCAAAAGUUAAAAAACAAAUUAAUGUUUUAUAAACCCGGGGAAAAGAAUUUUCAGCACAGUACAAAAAAUUUAAAGCAUUCCUUUCUUUAAUUUUGUAAUUUACUGUGGAAAAGCUCAGAAUAUCACUACUGUUGUAGUUAACAGUAAGGAUUGAUAGCUGAGCAAAGAACCAUAAUUUGGAUUAUAAAAUUCUUGCUUUAAUAAAAAUUCCUUAAACAUUG